UGCUCCUCAGUCCACUGUCCCCUGCGCUCCCCCUGUCUGUCUCCACCCGUCUCCAUCCCUCCAGACGCAGGACAGCAACGCAUGUGCAUCAAUCGGUGCUUCUGACAAGCAACCGCAACAACAAAGAACGAACAUCGUUUUUGCUCACUUUCUUCAUUUUUCUCGACGCUCAUUCAUGGAGGAUUACCACAAACCCGACCAGCAGACCCUCCAGGCGCUGAGGAACAUCGCCAACCGGCUCAGGAUCAGCUCCAUCAAGGCGACCACGGCAGCAGGCAGCGGACACCCAACGUCAUGCUGCAGUGUGGCAGAGAUCAUGUCCGUGCUCUUCUUCCACACCAUGAGAUACCGCCCUGAAGACCCCAGGAACCCCAACAAUGACCGGUUUGUUCUGUCGAAGGGCCAUGCUGCGCCUGUCCUCUACGCCGUCUGGGCUGAGACGGGCUACCUGAAGGAGAGCGAUCUGCUCAACCUCCGUAAGAUCGACUCCACUCUGGAAGGACACCCAGUUCCUAAGCAGCAGUUCGUGGAUGUGGCCACAGGGUCCUUGGGCCAAGGUCUGGGCGCUGCCUGCGGCAUGGCUUACACUGGGAAAUACUUUGACAAGGCCAGCUACCGCGUCUACUGCCUGCUGGGAGAUGGAGAGCUCUCUGAAGGGGCUGUGUGGGAGUCCAUGGCCUUCGCAUCCUACUACCAACUGGACAACCUGGUAGCCAUCCUGGACAUCAACCGACUGGGCCAGAGUGACCCGGCUCCCUUGCAGCAUCACAUGGAGAAGUACCAGAGACGUUGUGAGGCUUUCGGCUGGAACGCAAUCAUCGUGGACGGCCACAGCGUGGAAGAGCUGUGCAAAGUGCUGGGCCAACCCCGCCACCAGCCCACAGCGAUCAUCGCCAAGACUGUCAAAGGCAAAGGGAUCCCAGCGGCCGAGGACAAGAUGGGCUGGCACGGGAAGCCCCUCCCCAAAGACAUGGCUGACAGUGUGCUGAAGGAGCUCAACAGCCGCAUCCUCAACAACAACAAGCGCCUGUACCCACCUACGCCCAUGGAUGAUGCCCCACCUGUCAGCGUACGCAACAUCCGCAUGCCCAGCGCCCCGAACUACAAACCAGGAGAGAAGAUCGCCACACGGAAGGCCUACGGCCUGGCUCUGGCCAAACUGGGCCGCUACAAUGAGCGUGUGGUGGCCUUGGAUGGAGACACCAAGAAUUCCACCUUCUGCGAGAUAUUCAGGAACGAGCAUCCCAAUCGAUAUGUUGAGUGCUACAUUGCUGAACAGAACAUGGUGAGUGUGGCCGUUGGCUGUGCCGCCAGGGACCGCAACAUUGUGUUUGCCAGCACUUUUGCCACCUUCUUCACCCGGGCCUUUGACCAGUUGCGCAUGGCAGCCAUUUCUGAGAGCAACAUCAACCUGUGCGGCUCCCACUGCGGAGUGUCCAUUGGUGAGGAUGGACCCUCUCAGAUGGGCCUGGAGGAUAUAGCCAUGUUCAGAGCCAUCCCUACAGCAACUGUGUUCUACCCCAGUGAUGGCGUCUCUACAGAGAAGGCGGUCGAGCUGGCGGCCAAUACCAAGGGUAUUUGUUUCAUAAGAACCAGUCGCCCUGAGAAUGCGAUCAUUUACAACUGCAAUGAAGACUUUCACGUAGGCCAGGCCAAGGUUGUGUACAAGAGCAACGAUGACCAGAUUACUGUGAUCGGCGCAGGGGUCACCCUGCAUGAGGCUGUGGCUGCAGCAGAACAGCUGAAGAAAGAGCGCAUCAACAUCAGAGUGAUUGACCCCUUCACUAUCAAACCACUGGAUGCAAAAACCAUCAUUGACAACGCCAAGGCAACCAGGGGCCGCAUCAUCACCGUGGAGGACCACUAUUAUGAGGGUGGCCUGGGGGAGGCGGUGUGCUCUUCCGUGGUGAAUGAACCUGGCUUUUCCGUACACCGGCUGGCCGUGGCCCACGUCCCGCGCAGCGGCAAGCCUGCCGAGCUGCUUAAGAUCUUCGGCAUUGACAAGGACGCCAUUAUUCAGGCGGUCAAAAAGAUGAUGGGCAGCUCUGCCAACGCCAAGUAGCCCUCUCACUGAGUGUCGACGCUCGCCGGCAGGAAAACACCCAGCUUUACGUGAUGUCUCUAAUAAAAUAGUCACUUACAUCUUGAACAAAAAAAUGGUACUUCUGUUAAUUGUCAUUGAUGUGGAUCCAAAAUACUGUUGACAUUACCCUUACUGUUUGCCUCAUUCCUCCCCACCCCACCAAUCCAAAUCCAGACCAAAAUCAGGCGAUGAUUUCGUAGUGUUGUACUGAACGUUUGAGUGGGCUUUUGAAGUAAUGUUUUUCACAUCUAGACACAGAGACCUCCACUUUGUACGUAACCUGAAUGAUGGCAUGAUCAGUUCCUGGUAUUUCGGUCCCCACCGUAAGGCCAAAGGGCCAUUUCCAGCACUGUUAUUUGAUCCUUUCAAGA